AUGUUUCGGGCCUCACUCCGGUCUGUAUCAGACCCUCUCCGCGACCAUGUCUGCUUUUCUUGCUUAGCGCGCCGAUUCGCCGCGCCGACGAAUCUGCGGCGAUUCCACCGCAUACCUGCGCUCCGAGCCCAGUUCAGCAGUGAGAAUGGAGGAAGUACCGCAGCUGACGUGCCGGCUGCGCCGUCGAUGCCACAUUGGGAGCAGGAUUCGUCUAGCAAGAUCCCUGAACAAGCCGAACAAGCCAAUCAAGAGUUUGCAGACGAAUCACUACCCGAUACUUUGCCAUCAGACGCUGCGCACCUUCAAAACCAACAGGCUGCCACAAGGAGAGCGAGGCGUACAGCAAGACAACGGGACAAGCGGCGAUCAAAGGAAAAUGAAAAGUCGGACGAAGGAGAGACGAAAAAUGGAUCAGACUCCACGAGCAAACGAAAGGCUGCGAUUCAAAAAGUGAACCAAAUCCUAGACGAGAAGGCUUCGCCAAAGAGGGGACCGAGGGGACCAAAAGGCAAACUCUCCCACGUCGCAAACUUCGUCAACGAGAAGCAUACUGGAGUGGUCGACUCCGAGGCCGAUGCUCUGAAAGCCUUGGAUAUUCCCAUGGCCCCUGUGCCUGGUCUUUCCUUUGGUCUCGAUCGAGUCCUGUUCAACUCUAACAACGAGACUAGUCCUGGUGUCUACCAACUAAGAGAUCCUCGUUCGCGCGUCUACAAUUUCGAUCCCUAUCUUGGCCAGAUCAUGCCUGUCACGGAAUUCGACUUCAACGCCCUAAAGGAAUACAUCACCUCAUCGAAAGAUGACACCCUCCGGAAUCAUGCGAUCAAGCAAAAGAAGAAAUACAGUGGAUCAUCUUCUAGUAUGACUUCUGUCCUUUCCCAAUUCCACUAUCUCCUUUCUGCUUGGAGAGGCAUCGACACCCGCACCCUGUCCCAGGGUUUCCCAGACAAGCUUCGGUCCUUUACUCGCCUCCUUCGAUCGCCGGCUGCCAUGUUCUUGCACUAUCAGGAUGGGGUGUAUGCUAUCGAUGCGGACAAGGAGUUUGACUCGGCCAAUAUCCUGAUGAACCUUGGAAAGUCGAUGGAGAAGCUUCUUACCAUGCCCAAGGAGGACUUUGAACGCUACCGACGAUCAAGUGAGAACAAGAUCACGUACGAGGAAGAGCAGGCAAUUCCCGAAUCGUACCACUACUCUACUUACGGUGAUUUCAUCAUGCGAUCUCAGUUGGAUGCCUAUGAUCCACGUCUCCCCGGAACCGGCAUGUUUGACCUGAAGACUCGCGCUGUGGUUUCGAUUCGCAUGGAUGCUAAGAACUUUGAGCAUGGCCUUGGCUACGAGAUUAAGACCCGGUUCGGCGACUUUGAGUCGUACGAACGCGAAUUCUACGACAUGAUUCGCGCGGCUUUUCUCAAGUACUCUCUUCAGGUUCGCAUCGGCCGUAUGGACGGUAUCUUUGUCGCAUUCCACAACGUCGAGCGCAUCUUUGGAUUCCAGUACGUCAGUCUGCCUGAGAUGGACCAGACUCUGCACGGAACAUCGGACACCGCGCUGGGUGACAAGGAAUUUGAGCUCAGCCUGGGGCUGUGGAAUGAAAUUCUGAACAAGGCAACGGAGAAGUAUCCAGAGCAGUCUCUUCGUUUCCACUUUGAGACUCGUGACGCUGUGACCCCAUUCAUGUACAUUUUCGUCGAGCCCGUCACGAAGGAGGAGAUUCACGCCAUUCAAAACUCCAAGAAGGCCGAGAUCGAUGCCUACCAGCAACGCCUCCUGAACCUCAAGCCUAGCGAAGAUGACAGCGACCUUGAUGCCCCUCAAGUUGAAGAGACGGCAGAGACCUCCGCUGCCGAGGCUGAGGAAGAGGAAGCUGCACCCAAGGGCGAGCUGAUGGCUAUGGCCUUGACGAUCCGGAACAAGGUCAAUGGCGAGUAUGUCGACCGACCGACGGAAGGAUUCAAUGCCCAUGACAAGUGGCAGGUUGAGUACGAGCUGAGCGAGUUGUCGCCCGCACAGGGCCACGUCCUCUACAAGAUGUGCAAGACUCGUCGGAUGAGGGGACUUGAGGGCCGAGGCGAGGACGAGCUCGAAGUUGCGAGCAACGUCUAUAUCCGCCGACUGCGGCAGAUCAGCAAGGAAGGACGCAAGCACCGUGAGCGUGAGAACCAGCUUGAUAAGGAGCUUGGUAUUGUUCUCUUGGAGGACGGUGUGAAGGAUGGAGAGAAAUAA